AUGGUGAGAGGAAAGAUCGAGAUCAAGAAGAUCGAGGACGUGACAAGCAGACAAGUCACGUUCUCAAAGCGAAGGAGCGGUCUCUUUAAGAAGGCCCAUGAGCUUUCCGUUCUAUGCGAUGCUCAAGUUGCUGCCAUUAUCUUCUCUCAGAGCGGAAGGUUAUACGAAUUCUCUAGCUCUGACUUGGAGAAGACAAUAGAAAGAUACGGCCAAUUUAGUAAUGACUACUUUGUGGCAGGGAGGCCCCAAGUAGAAUCAUACUUGCAGGGGCUGAAGAAGGAAAUGGAUAUAAUGGUGAAGAAGAUUAAUCUCCUGGAAGUUCAUCAAAGUGGCAGAACUUCAAGAGAUAGACACUCAGAUUGA